GGGGAAAAAAUUCCGGGCUCGACCGUUUAAACUAGUGUUUGUCCGGCGGUUGGGAUGGUUGGUUCUUGGGAGGAUUGGGAAAUGAGAGGUCAGGAGAUAAUGAGAGGAUCCGGGAGGACAAUCAAGCUACUGCGAUGGAGUUUCAUAACCCGUUUUACGUGAAGUGGCGUUAAACUCGGUGAAAAAUGCGAUAUUCGCGCUAUACAGUAGCUGUGAAAUAUGUUUUUCACUAGUGUUCGCGGGUGAAACUUGAAUGAUAAUAAAUCACGUCAACUCGAUAGUGUUAAACACCUACAGGUCUUUCGGGUGCGACUUGGAACAUUCGGUCGUUGAGGAGAACAAAGUUUUGAAGUUGGUUGGAAGUUUAACUAAAAUUAUGAGAGGUAGUCCAGAUGUGAAUAGCUCAUUUGCGAGGGGGAAUAGUCGUUCGAGGGUGUGUCGAAUCACUCACAUUGGACCGUCGGAAUUUUGGUGAUUUUGUGAAGGUGGGAGAUGCUUUCAUUUGGUAGAGUUGAGUUGUAACUCGUCGUAGUGGUCUAUAGCAGUAGCAGGAGGAUGUCGGGUAGUGAAGUAGUUAGAUGUGGCUGGGUGGGGAAGUAUACAGGAGCUGGCAGGGAGGACUAUGUGAAAUACCACGAUAACGAAUGGGGGGUGCCCGUUGUGGCUGAUGAUCGCCUUAUGUUUGAGAUGAUCUCGCUGGAGGGAGCGCAGGCUGGCCUCAGCUGGGCGACGAUUUUGGCUAAGCGGAGCGGGUAUAAGAAAGCAUUCAAGGACUUUGAUAUCGAGGCGCUUGUGCGGGCAACAGAAGAGGCUUCAUCGAUGGAUGUGCUAGUUGAUGCUGUACUUGACAGUGAUUGUGAUGUGGUGAGAAGUCGAAGAAAGAUCGAGAGUGUGUAUAGGAAUGCGGAGGCGGCUAGAGCUGUUCGGGAGGAGUA